GUUACCACGCCAUAGGUCAUCGUCAUGACAAACCUGAAAUUGAGGAGGAGCCUGCACCAAAUCUGACCAAUCAGAAGAGAGCCUUUGACCUACCAGAGCUGACCCAUAACCUGAAUCUCCUUGUAGAUAUGGCUGAAGAGGAUAUUAUGCAAAAUGAUCGCAAAUUGCGGUACUUGAAGGAUCAUAUUGUAAACAUGAGGUACGAGAAAGAACGACUAGAUGAAAUCUGUAACCAGGAGGAAAAACUGAUGGACAGGCUGAAAAAAGUGCUGGAAAUUGUAGAUAUGUGUCAAAAAAGGACACAGCCUGGCUGUGAUGAUCCCAUGUCCUUGUCCGAGUGUGCGGCCAUCUUUAAAUCACUCCAAGAAGAUUAUUAUGAAGAGUAUCGAAUGUACGACUUGUCAUCUCUAGCCAUAGCUCUUGUCUUUCCUAUGAUGAAGCAGCAUUUUACUGGCUGGGAUCCCCUGAAGAACCCCACACAUGGCCUAGAGACGGUGAGAGAGUGGAAGGCACUUCUAGAAGACUACACUACCAAAUUGGCGGCCGGACCCCUGACUGGGGGUCAGGACAUGGACGUGUAUCAGAGGCUACUCUGGGAUGUAUGGCUGCCAUUUGUUAGGACUACAGUGUU